GCAAUUACGAAAAAAAGAUUAUACUUUAAUAUGGAAUCGCAGAUUGGUUCUUUAUUUGACAUAUUAUUAGAAAGAACCGAACAGUUGAUUGUAAAUGAUUCCGUAGGUUUUGCAGAUGUUAUUUUCAAACCAAAUGGAAAUGAUUAUCCUCUGUUGAAAUGUCUUGGGAUUGGUGGAAAUUCAAAAAUGUCAUAUCUAAUGGGAAAUGACUUUACUUCUUUGGAGUGGUUGGGUCUUGGUAGAAUGAUGAUGUUGGAGAGUCUAGUUCCAAGGGAUGUUACGACAAACCCUUUCAAAAAGCUUAAAGUCAUACAAAUAGGAACUUGCGAGCAGCUCAGGAAUAUUUUCUCAUUCUUUAUUUUUGAAGGCCUUUCAAAUCUUCAAAAGAUUGAGGUCAAUUAUUGUAAUACGAUGGAUGAGAUUGUAUCAGUAGAAAUUGAAGACCAGAAUGCCAUUUUUGAAUCUCCUUUGACAACUUUACAUCUUGAGGGUCUGCAAAAACUUACAAGUUUCUGCACUAAACCAUUCAUCCAACAAAGUCCACAAACUAUGAUUCCCUUCUUUGAUCAACGGGUUUCAUUUCCUAAAUUGAAGUAUUUAUCAAUUACGAGAGGGGACAAUUUGGAGAUGUUAUGGCAUAAUAAUGGGCUGAUUGGAAGUUCCUUUAGUCAACUUGUAGCAAUAAUUAUUAAAGGUUGCAACAGGUUGAGAUGCAUUCUUCCUUCGAAUAUAGUGACGGCACUUGUUUGUUUAGAUACAUUGGAUAUUGUUGGUUGUGAGUUAUUAGAAAGGGUAUUUGAAAUUGAAAACCCCAUCUUUUGUGAUAAAAAAGUAGUGCCAUUGACAUUCUUACGUUUACGUAGUCUACCAAAUUUGAAGUACGUGUGGAGCAAAGAUGUUAAUGAUGUUUUGGCAUUUCCAAAUCUAAAGAAUGUCGAUGUUACUGAUUGUCCUAAGUUGAGAAGUAUUUUUCCAGCUUCCUUCACCAAAUAUUUUGAACAAAUUGAAAGCUUAACAGUGGAUGAGCAAAAUGAAAUAUUUCCGGUGGAUGAAGCAUCAGAGUUGGGACAGGUUGUGUUGUUUCGGAGCUUGAGAACAUUCACAAUGUCUUGUAAGCUAGCAAUGAAGGAGAGUUUUUGGCGGAUAUCAAAGUUUCUUCAACUCGAAAGUCUUACAUUGAUUGGGUCUGAAGAUGAUAAAAUGAUUACUUUGCCAUUGAAGAUGACUGAAGUUUUGUACCAAAGAUGUGCAAAUUUGAAGAACUUAGAAUUGCGUAAUCUUCCUAAGCUUAUGCAAGUGUGGAAUAACAUCAAUCAAAUGACCACCAUCAAAUUCUUCAACUUGGUUGAUCUUGAAGUUUAUGAUUGCGAUGGAAUGAUAAAUUUGUUUAACCUUAAAAAUCUGGUGAAUCUCAAUAGCAUUAAAAUAUUUUGUUGUAAAGGAAUGACAUCCAUAGUUGCGGUAGAAGGAGAAGGAGAAGAAGAAAAGAGUGAAAUAAUUAUAUUUAUCAAACUAACUGAAGUCUAUUUACGUAAUUUACCAACACUAGCCAGCUUUUACUCUGGAAAAUGCAGGCUUAAGUUUCCUUUGUUGAAGAUGUUGGACAUAGAAGAAUGCAAUGAAAUGGAAACAUUUUCAAAUGGAAUAGACGAUAAAGUCUCAGUAUUACCAGCACCCGAUCCAAAACCCUUUUUCACUCACAAGGUUUCAUGUCCGGAGAACUUAUCGAUUAUGGGAGGAAACAAUUUGGAAAUGUUAUGGCAUAAUAAUGCGCCGAUUACAAGUUCUUUUUAUAAACUUCAAUCGAUAAUUAUUAGAGAUUGCAACAAGUUGAGAUGCAUGUUUCCUUCGAAUAUAGUGACAUCAUUUGUGUUUUUAAAUACAUUGUGCAUCUUUUCUUGUGAGUUAUUAGAAAGAAUAUUUGACAUUGAAAAGCUGAGUUCUGGUGAUACAGAAGUAGUUCCACUUCCAUUGGCAAGAAUAAUUCUAAAGGGUCUACCGAAUUUAAAAUACGUGUGGAGCAAUGAUGUUGGUGAGGUUUUGGCAUUUCCAAAUAUAAAGGAAGUCGAUGUUACUGUUUGUCCUAAGUUGAGCAGUAUUUUUCCAGCUUCCUUCACCAAAUAUAUUGAGCAAAUCGAAAGGUUAAUAGUGAACGUGCAAAACGAAAUAUUUGUAGUGGACGAAGCAACAAUGUUGGGAAAGGUUGUAUUGUUCCAAAGCUUGAGAAUAUUGACAAUGACUUGUAAGCAGGGUUGGUCGUGAAGACGAUAAAAUGAUUAGCUUCCCAAUGGAAAUGAGUGAAGUUUUAUACCAUAUUCAAAAUUUAGAAAUUAACACUUGCUUUCAGUUGGUACAAGUAUUUGGAAACGAUCGUAUCCAAAGAUGUGCAAAUUUGAAGAGGUUAAAAUUGUGUAAUCUUCCUAAGGUUACUCAAGUGUGGAAUAAGCUGAAUCAAAUGACCACAAUCACAUUCUGUAACUUGGUGGAUCUUCAAGUCAGUGGAUGCGGUGGAAUGAAGAAUUUGUUUAGUUCUUUGGUAGCAAAGAAUCUGGUGAAUCUAAAUACAAUUGAAAUAUCUAAUUGUACAGUGAUGACCUCCAUAGUUGCAGCAGUAGAAGAAGAUCUAAUCUGGUGAAAUUGUCCUAAACAAUCUGACUCGUCUAGAACUUGAGAAUUUACCAAGACUAGAUUGUUUUCACUCUGGAAAAUGCACACUUACAUUUCCCCACUUGAAUAUAUUGAGGAUAGAAAGAUUUCAUGACAUAAAAACAUUUUCAUAUGGAAUAACAAACACUCCCACUUUGGAAUGCAUCCAGAUUGGAGAAAGUAAAGUCCCAAUAUUACCAACACGGGGGAUAAAUAACAUUAUCCAAGCUUUUUUCACAAUGGAGAUUGAAUUCCUCCAAAGUCUUACACUGAUUGGUUGUGAGGAUGAUGACAUAGUUUAUUUGCCAUCGGAAGUGAGUGAAGUAUUAUACAAUAUUAUAAUUUUCAAAAUAAAAAAUGCCCUUCAAUUGGUACACGUGUUUGAAAAUGAAGUAUUAACUACAAACAAUCAUGUUCAAAGAUGUGCAAAGUUGAAGGUUUUAUAUUUAUCGGGUCUUCCCAAGCUUACGCACGUGUGGAAAGAAAGUAGUAGUGAAGUCAUCACAAUUAGUUUGGAUAGUUUAGAACGUAUGGAGGUAAGGAGAUGUGAGAAUUUAAAAUGCAUACUGCCAUCGUCAAUCUCAUUCUUAAACUUGAGUAGUCUUGUCGUCGAAAAUUGCAAUGGAAUUGUGAAUUUGUUUAGCUCUUCAGUGGCAAACAAUCUGGUGAAUCUCGGACACAUCGAAAUAUCUAAUUGUACGAGAAUGACAUCUAUAGUCGUUGCAGAUGAAGAAAAUGGUGAAAUUAUUUUCAAAAAACUGCGUUAUCUACGAUUUGAUAAUUUACUAAGACUAUUCAGCUUUUACUCUGGAAAAUGUAUGCUUAAGUUUUCAUCCUUGGUGAAAAUGGUGAUAGCUAAAUGCAAUGAAAUGGAGACAUUUUCAGUUGGAAUAGUAAGCACACCCAUAUUGAAAGACGUAGUGAUGGGAAGAAGAUAUUUUCGAAUAUCGCCAGGGCGGGAUAUGAAUGUCAUUUUCCAAAACAUAUUCACAAAACACAACAGGUUGGAGGAAAGUUGGGAGAACCGUGAAGAUUAUCUUAAAAGCUGGAAAAGAUUUUUCAUCACAGAAUUAGUAAGAUUCUCAAAUGGAUCAAGAUCAAAAUGAAGAAUCGAAAUAGAUUCUAAAGGUAAAGGAGACCGGCAAAAAUAAAGGGGUUAGAGACCGCUCAAUAAAUGAAAUACUUAAGCUUAAGAGUUGUUUUCCUUUGAGUAAGAGUUAUCCAACUUGAGUUAUGGGGAUAAGAAUGAGUUUUUUUUUUUUCAAAAAAAAAAAACAAAAGAAU